UUUCAUAAUCACUGAAAAUAAGAAAAUACGUCAUCUCCACAUCCUGUUACUCAAAGUAUGUGCAUUUUUUUCUCAGCGUCCGGCCACAUGCAGUCUGACGUAAAAUCAGUAAAACCACAAUAAGAGACGUCCCCCGAAUCACUCACUAAGUUCUAUAAAGAACACGGUACCCCCUGGGUAGUUGUGGUCCCUCACAGCUCUCGAACUUCAUGUUUGGCUUUCGAAUCCAGCUCAGGGCGUGCAGAGUUUGCAUGUUCUCAGUCCAGACAUGCCGGGUAGAAGGCAAUGAUAAACUAUUUCUAUACCCCAUGUUAACCAAGAAAACCAAGGCAAUUCGGCUCGACUGCACUAACCCUCAGCUUCUGUAGAAGUCUCACAUACUCCUAUAGUGGGAUAAUGAACAUUCUAGUAACUCUAACCUAUAGUAGAAGUACAGCGAUUUGAAAUGACUGGAAAUAAAAAUUCAGUCUCCACAAACAUUGCUCAAUACCAGCUGUAAACUAUUUACCGUGAAAAGUAGCCAUUGAUCACCAACAUUCAGGAACACCAGACACAAGCUGUAAACACAGAUUCACACACUCCCGUUCUGCUUGGUUGUGCUUGCACAUCCAACUGGUUGUUGGCCCUAAAACACAUGUGUUCACGCCACAAUAAAUAUUUGGAAAAACACAAGUGAAUAAAAUAAAAAAAAAAUUAAGCGCAUACAUAGUUCAGGAAGUAAUAAUACAAUUCUAUAAAAUAGCUCUGAAAAAGCAUAACCAUAAAAUUCCUUACAAUAGCAAUCACUGCAAAUCCUUCUCUGUGAGAAAUUAACUCGCAAUGAAUGUCACGAUAGAAAAGGAACAGUCCUAAGGCUGUGAACAUACCGGGUUUUACACUCGGAAUCACGAAUGAGAUAUUUUGGUGCCGUUUGGUAUGCAGUCAGAGGUCAGUAGUCCACAACCCUACACACUCCUCACCAGAGUCAAUCACCACUACUGAAGUAAUAUUUCAUCCUCAGCAAUUCCAGCGUCUGAAGAAGCAGCAGCAACACACCUAAAAACCCUAAAAUCAUCUUUUAUAAACGCGUGCUUACACCUCUAAAGGGUUUAGGGUUUGGAAGCUGUUUGAUAUACUGUACGGUGUCUUAGUGCAGCGAACCCACAGGCACUGAAGCUCUCUGACCCCCAACCUCUUGGACCCUUGGCCCCGUUGCCCAAGUGACCGCCUCACUCUCAGCCCCCGUGACCCUCGGCCCAGUCAUGACGGUCACUUACACGGCGCGGGUGGCGAACGCGCGCUUCUGCGGCUUCUCCAAGCUGCUGCUUGCCUGGAGGGGCAGCAUCUACAAGCUGUUGUACAAGGAGGUCCUCGCCUUUUUCGCCAUGUAUUCCGCCAUCAGCAUCACAUACAGAUUCUUCCUCCUGGACCACCAGAAGAGAUACUUUGAGAAACUGGCCAUCUACUGCAACAACUACGCGAGUCUUAUCCCCAUGUCCUUUGUGCUGGGUUUCUACGUGACCCUGGUGGUGAACCGCUGGUGGAAUCAGUACACGAGCAUCCCGCUGCCGGACCGACUCAUGUGCGCGCUGUCGGGAGGGCUGCAGGGCGCCGACGAACGGGGCCGCCUGCUGCGGCGCACCAUGAUGCGCUACGCCAGUCUCUCGUCACUGCUCAUCCUGCGCUCAGUGAGCACCGCCGUCUACAAGCGCUUCCCCACCAUGGACCACGUCGUCGAAGCCGGGUUCAUGACCAGGGAGGAACGGAAGAAGUUUGAGGGUCUCCAGUCACCUUACAACAAAUACUGGAUUCCGUGCGUGUGGUUCACGAACCUGGCGGCCAUGGCGCGCCUCGAGGGUCGGAUCAAGGACGACAGCACUCUCAAAUUGCUGCUCGAGGAGCUCAACACUUUCAGGGGGAACUGCAGCUUGCUGUUCCAUUACGACAUGAUCAGCGUGCCUCUGGUCUACACCCAGGUCGUGACCCUCGCGGUGUACGGGUUUUUCCUAGCGUGUCUCAUCGGCCGACAAUUUCUGGACCCCGCUCAAGGGUACCCAGGUCACGAUCUUGACCUCUAUGUUCCCAUUUUCACCCUGCUGCAGUUCUUUUUCUAUGCUGGGUGGCUGAAGGUAGCGGAACAGCUCAUUAACCCCUUUGGUGAGGACGACGAUGACUUUGAGACCAACUGGUUGAUCGAUCGAAACUUUCAGGUGUCCAUGAUGGCUGUGGAUGAGAUGUACGGAGAUCUGCCCAUUCUGGAACGUGAUCGCUAUUGGAAUGAUUCGAACCCACGCCCACCCUACACUGCUGCCACGCUCUUCGUCCUCCGCAAGCCCUCUUUCCAGGGCUCCACCUUUGACAUGGCGAUCCCCAAAGAGGAAAUGCACUUCCAACCACUGGAAGACAUUGCAGAAAAUCUUGAGGAAUCUCAGAGCAGAAACCCCAACCUGGCCCUGCUGAACCACCUGCUGAGCGCCACACCCUCUCCUUCUGGCUUCAUGGGCGGCGCCCUCCGUCGUGCCUCUAUGCAACUGCAGAGGCUGACUCGCUCCCCUAGUCCAAACCUCUCCCUCUCCACCACUGAGGAGGAAGGCAGUGAUCCCGGCAUCACUCUGCACUCCAGCCUGGGUCAGGACACACAAAGUACCGUCUGUAGCUGUGGGGGAGCUGCCGAGGAACGUAGGGCAACAGGGGUCGACGAGGGCCAAGUCAAGGGAGAACAGAGCAAACGGGAGGAUGAGGAAAACUGGCAAAAGAUGGAAAAAGGGAGUCAGACAAAGACCGCAACAUCUGAAAAAAGCUCUGCUAAUACAGCACCACCUCUGGUCCUGCUCUCUCCACCUCCCACAUACAUGCCAGAGGCAUCCCCUGGAUCCCUGGGGCACUUGGUCACACAGCAGGUCUUAAACCUGCCCAGGGGCAUCACCUCCAGCCCCAUCACACUCAGGAUUGAGGAGAGCAGCAUAACUCCCCCAGUGAGUGCAGGCUGCUCCAUUCAGGACUUCUUCACUUUUCAACCUAUUCCUGAGCAGAACAAGGUCCAGUGCAGACUUUCUAAAGAGACCAAGGAGAACAGAUCAGGGCAGCCACUUCUUACAGUUCCAGGUAUCGCUGGCCCACGUUCCCAGGAAAAGGUGGCAUCUCCCCAAAUGCAUGACUAGUCUUCAGCCAACCAUAGCGAUUAUGCAGUGUUAAUCUGAGAACCUGCAAUAAAGGUUUCUGGAUACAUUUCCAAGCUCCCACCCUCAAGUGUGGAAUUAUUUGAAAGCACACAAUGUCCUCUAUAAGACAGACACAUUAAGGCUUAGCAUAACAGCAUAUACAGUUUGGGAGACAUACUGAUGUCCUAUGGAAGUUUGUUUCGUGUCCAAACAAGUGUUCAAGGGCUAAAUAAGUUCUUGUUAUGGCUAAUAUUCAUUUGACUGACGAGCUGAUGGAGCUCAGGUUAAUUCAGCCCUGAGAAGGAGACGGUCAAUAGCUGAAAAACACUGGAGGAGAACACACCCAUUUGAAAUCUGCCACCAGCCUGAGAAACAGGCACCACUGAAGAGUCGAAAUAUGGAAGAUACAGUGGAACAAAUCCAGUCAGUGAAAACCUUCCCCAACUUAGGAUAAGAUCACAAGUCCACAAAUAGUAGAAAGAUGUCUUCAUCAAUAGCCAGUCAUAUUUUUUAAUUCAGGAGUCUUGAACCAUUCCUGUGAUGCAAGACCUAGGAUAAGGUUCAAGCUAUAUUCUGAGUGUCUGCAAAUCACUAUUUCUGAUGUAUUCUUCUAAGUACUAUUUUUGUAAAUAUGCACUGUACCAAAUCUUUCUAAAAUAAAACCA